CCUUUUGGGUCGGUAGUUCAGCGCCGGCGCCGGUGUGCGAGCGGCGGGCCGAGCUGGGCGAGGAGCCCGAGCUGCGGAGCGAGCCGCGCAGGCCGAGCGCCGCCUUUUCCCGGGCUUACUCCUGCUCGCCGCCGCCGUCCCCGGGAAGCCGGAGGCUGGCAGGCCUGGUGUCCGGGUGCCCUUCCGAGUGACAGAGAGGCGGUCGGACCCCGCGGGCCGCAAGCAGCGGCCGGAGGAGCGAGCAGGCAGGUGCCCGGAGGACGCAGCGCCAGACCCGAGGCGGAGAAGGACCGCGAGCCGGCCAUGUCGGUGGUGGGGCUGGACGUGGGCUCGCAGAGCUGCUACAUCGCGGUGGCCCGGGCCGGGGGCAUCGAGACCAUCGCCAACGAGUUCAGCGACCGAUGCACCCCAUCAGUCAUAUCAUUUGGAUCAAAAAACAGAACAAUUGGAGUUGCAGCCAAAAAUCAGCAAAUCACUCAUGCAAACAAUACAGUGUCAAACUUCAAAAGAUUUCAUGGUCGGGCCUUCAGUGACCCCUUCAUUCAAAAGGAGAAGGAAAACUUAAGUUACGAUUUGGUUCCAAUGAAAAAUGGUGGAGUUGGAAUAAAGGUGAUGUACAUGGAUGAAGAACAUCUAUUUAGUGUGGAACAGAUAACAGCCAUGUUGUUGACCAAGUUAAAGGAAACUGCUGAAAACAAUCUCAAGAAACCAGUAACAGAUUGUGUUAUUUCAGUUCCCUCCUUCUUCACAGAUGCUGAGAGGCGAUCUGUAUUAGAUGCUGCACAGAUUGUUGGUUUAAACUGCUUGAGACUUAUGAAUGACAUGACAGCUGUUGCUUUGAAUUAUGGAAUUUAUAAGCAGGAUCUACCAAGCCUGGAUGAGAAGCCUCGAAUAGUGGUUUUUGUUGAUAUGGGACACUCAGCGUUUCAAGUGUCUGCCUGUGCUUUUAACAAGGGAAAAUUGAAGGUGCUGGGCACAGCUUUUGAUCCUUUCUUGGGAGGAAAAAAUUUUGAUGAAAAGUUAGUGGAACAUUUUUGUGCAGAAUUUAAAGCUAAGUACAAAUUGGAUGCAAAAUCUAAAAUCCGAGCGCUCCUUCGUCUGUAUCAAGAAUGUGAGAAACUGAAAAAGCUAAUGAGCUCUAAUAGCACGGACCUGCCACUGAAUAUUGAAUGCUUUAUGAAUGACAUAGAUGUUUCGGGGAAGAUGAACAGGUCACAGUUUGAAGAACUCUGUGCUGAUCUUCUGCAAAAGAUAGAAGCACCUCUUUAUUCACUGUUGGAACAAACUCAGCUUAAGCGAGAAGAUGUGAGUGCUGUUGAGAUAGUUGGAGGCACUACACGAAUUCCAGCUGUGAAAGAAAAAAUUGCCAAAUUUUUUGGAAAAGAUAUAAGCACAACACUCAAUGCAGAUGAAGCAGUAGCAAGAGGAUGUGCACUACAGUGUGCGAUCCUUUCCCCAGCUUUCAAAGUAAGGGAAUUUUCGGUCACAGAUGCAGUUCCUUUUCCAAUAUCUCUGGUCUGGAACCAUGAUUCAGAAGAUACUGAAGGGUGAGUAGCAAAAAAUAAGGGCUCACUGAACACAUUUACUAAUUCAGUCUUCGUAAGCAUAGAUGAGUUAGGCCGCUUCAUAGUUCAGAAUGUUUCUGCACAGAAAGAUGGAGAAAAAUCUAGAGUGAAAGUCAAAGUACGAGUCAACACCCAUGGCAUUUUCACCAUCUCUACAGCGUCUAUGGUGGAGAAAGUCCCAGCGGAGGAAAACGAAGCAUCUUCUGUUGAAGCGGACAUGGAGUGUCCAAAUCAGAGAUCCCCAGAGAACCCAGACACUGAUAAAAAUAUCCAGCAAGACAACAGUGAAGCUGGAACACAGCCCCAGGUACAAACUGAUGGUCAACAAACCUCCCAGUCUCCCCCUUCACCUGAACUUACCUCAGAAGAAAACAAAAUCCCAGAUGCUGACAAAGCAAAUGAAAAGAAAGUUGACCAGCCUCCAGAAGCUAAAAAACCCAAAAUAAAGGUGGUGAAUGUUGAGCUACCUAUUGAAGCCAACUUGGUCUGGCAGUUAGGGAAAGACCUUCUUAACAUGUAUAUUGAGACAGAGGGUAAAAUGAUCAUGCAGGAUAAAUUGGAAAAAGAAAGAAAUGAUGCUAAAAAUGCAGUAGAGGAGUAUGUGUAUGAGUUCAGGGACAAGCUGUGUGGACCAUAUGAAAAGUUUAUAUGUGAGCAGGAUCAUCAAAAUUUUUUGAGACUCCUCACAGAGACUGAAGACUGGCUGUAUGAAGAAGGAGAGGACCAAGCUAAACAAGCAUAUGUUGACAAGUUGGAAGAGUUAAUGAAAAUUGGCACUCCAGUUAAAGUCCGAUUUCAAGAAGCUGAAGAGAGGCCAAAAAUGUUUGAAGAACUGGGACAGAGAUUGCAGCACUAUGCCAAGAUAGCAGCCGACUUCCGAAAUAAGGAUGAGAAAUACAACCAUAUUGAUGAGUCUGAAAUGAAAAAGGUGGAGAAGUCUGUCAAUGAAGUGAUGGAGUGGAUGAAUAAUGUUAUGAAUGCUCAGGCUAAAAAGAGUCUUGAUCAGGAUCCUGUUGUACGUGCUCAGGAAAUUAAAGCAAAAAUCAAGGAAUUGAACAAUGCUUGUGAACCCGUCGUAACACAACCCAAACCAAAAAUUGAAUCGCCUAAAUUGGAAAGAACUCCUAAUGGCCCAAAUCUUGAUAAAAAGGAAGAAGAUUUAGAAGGCAAAAAUAAUUUUGGUGCUGAACCUCCACAUCAGAAUGGGGAAUGUUACCCUAACGAGAAGAGUUCAGUUAAUAUGGACUUGGACUAGAUAACAUUAAGUUGGCUUAUUCCUUCAAUUAAUAAGAUAUUUUUGCCAUAGUAUGUGACUCUACAUAACAUACUGAGACUAUUUAUAUUUUCUUUUUUAAGGAUGUUUAGAAACUUUGUGUAUUAUAUGGAAAAAGAAAAAAGCUUCAAGUCUGUAGUCUUUAUGAUCCUAAAAGGGAAAAUUGCCUUGGUGACUUUCAGAUUCCUGUGGAAUUGUGAAUUCAUACUAAGCUUCUGUGCAGUAUUACCAUUUGCAUCACUGAGGAUGAAACUGACUUCUGUCUUUUGGAGAAUAGAACCAAAUUGUACUGCUCGUUCAAGGGGGUUGUGGCUAAAAUCUUUUAAGCAUUUGUUCUUGCCAAGGUAGUUUUCUUGUAUUUUGCUCUCCAUUGUAGCAUGUGUGUGGAUGUGGAUGUUUAUAAACAAGACUAAGUCUGAUUUCAUAAGGGCUUUCUAAAGUUAACUCAGUCCAAUAGACUAUGACUUUUUGCUUUGACAUUGUUAAAAAUUCAUUGAGUAAAACAAAAGCUAGUGAAAUAUGUUAGCAGCAUGCAUAACAAAAAACUUUAAAAUUGUAUCUCACUAUCCAUUACAUUGUCAUGUGAAGAUGUGAAAAGGAAGAAAUGUUGAUUCUGUUGUAACUGCUGGUGGAAAUUUGAUGAGCUUUAAAAUAAAGUUCAUCUUAAGGUGUCAUUUCUAAA